AUGCACUCGGACACCCUCAACCAGGCGAUUAUUGAUAUGCACAAUAAGUUCGCGAAUUUUCCACCAAACGCCCACCUAUUUUGCCCCAAAAUCCACGAAGACGACGACACCAACUACGACGAGCUAGACUUGCCUGACGAAAACGGAACCACUGCCAAGCAGAAACAUGAACGCAUUAAGGAUGCCGAGUCAAGACAUGUUAUCGCCUACCAUCUCAGCUGUCUGAUGGGCAUCAGCCCUGAAGAUGCUGGCGUAUGGCUUGGCGAAUGGGUAGAGGCCGUCGAGAAGUGUCUGACGACCUGCGAUGCUUGUGUGCGAAAAUGGCACAAGUCUCGUGAGCGUUUCAUGAAAGCCAUGGAAGGAGAUUUCCCCAGCGAGAAUGUUAGGUACAUGGACGAAAAGCUAGUGGAGUUCGACAAGCAGCGGAUCGACCGAGGGCUGAGGAAAGCAAGGCAACUCCUCGAGGAGCAUGGGCCCAUGGCAUCUGCCAAACUGGUUGAAUACGACAUGUCUGCAGUCCUGGCACUCUUUGAGGCGCUUUGCUCAAUGAGAUAUCUCUCACUCCCCGAAAACCGUACCGAUUUUGACUACGUCUUCGAGAAUACACAACAGAGAAAACCUUUGAGAAUGCGGCCCGGUAUCAUUCCAACAAUGACUUUCUUCCUCUUUGAGGAAGGCCAUUAUAGAAGGCUGUUUGCUGAGGCUGCUUGGGAUAGGAAACCAAAAGACUCGCUCACGGCAGAGGAAUGGGACUGGGCUGUCCAGGACCAGCUUUCUACGGCCAUUGUUAACACCUCCAUGGCUAGAAACAACUCCAUGGGCAGGUUCACGCUAGCUCCGAAGAAAAUAUGCCGGUUUUGGCGUAGUUUCUUGAUCAUCUUACGCAGUCUGAACGAACAGCGUAUCCUUGAAUCCCUUCGUGGAAUGGAGGUGUCGCCGAGCGUCUACUUCCUUGCCCUAGAACAUCUAUUGACUACCUCCGACGAAGCUUUAGUCGCGGUGCUGGGCGGGUUGCGGGGGCUCAUGGACAAAUCACCAAAGGCCUUUUGGGCUGCCUACGACCAAGCCACACCCAGCCAACUUGUGGAAGAGGUCUUCAAGAGCCCAGCAUUUCGAUCGUUUCUUAACAAGUCUCUUCUAUCCGACUUGAUGGUCACGGAAGGCAACAAGCAGGUGCCCGCCUUGGGUGCUUGGGUGAAGUCCUUGAUACGUUCACUCCCGUUAACUCGCCGAUCAGACGUGUGCGAAUCUCUCCUUCGUCAUUUAUUUGAUACCUUUCGGUUGGAUCAAUCUUCCACCCAAGAGGCCCGAGCAACUUGCACCCUAGCUGGCCUAGUCGCUCUCGGAGAGUCUUUGGACGGAUAUCUUCAACAGGAUGUGCCAAUCGAUACAGGCACCGCGCUGAUAAUGGUCAAUCAGCUGCUCAACCGCGUUGUCCAGUAUCGCGAGGUGAUUAUAUCAGCUGCGCAGCUAAAACCUGGAGAUCGGUACAACGUUGGCCUCUCCAAAGCCGCCAUGUCUAUCACACACUCUGCGCUUGCUCUAGACGCCAAAACAACGCGUACGGAGUGGAACGCUCUGAUUGAAGACGUGCCCGUGCAAAACGCCGUAAACAGAGAUUCUGGCGCACUUUGGGAAUCCUUCCUUGAAAUGCUCUGGUCUGGGCGUGUAGAGCUUGCUAAAGCCAUGCUCCUGGCCACAAUGCCUCUCCGAAGUAUCGAGAAAUUCAUACCACGGCGGAAAGAGCAACUUAAGAAGGAGCUACAGCAGUUCAACGCCAGAUACCAGCAGCAGUCAACGGCCAUCGGGAAAAUGCUUGGGCGCCUGUCGGACUUCAAUCCUUCCGACUUGGAUAUGUUCUGCGCCGAACCACAAAGUCAAACUAUCCACCCCAUCGUGGCGUCGUUGAUUCACGGUGAGGAAGCAAUUCGCGAGGCUGGCUUUGAGUUGGUCAAGUCUAUUACCGGUGAGACCCUCCCGUCCGACGCGGUGGAGAAAAUGCUCGAGGACUAUUUCAGCCAAUUCCUGGAUGCCUUCACCGGAGCAGUAAACAACAUCACCAGCGAACGGGACGCGAGCUUUCCAUGGACCCACAUGCUUCCCAUCCUGAAAUGCAGCGAGUACGUCUUGAACGGUCUAAGUGACCCGUCCAUAGGCCAGUUGCGAUCCAAGACUUUGACCCCCGCCGAGCACACUAUCGUCCAGAACUGGUGGGAUAGCCAAUGGCGAAUCAUUGGCCAUUCCUUUAGAAUGAUGAGGCAUUGGCACCUCAAAGUUGACAAGAAGGUCAUGGAAGACUUUUGUCGAGAUGUCAUGGAGCUCGCCAAUAAAUUUCUCGCCCAAGAUGGCCUUAUGGCCUCGGCCCUUGACCAACACAGCAACAUCGGCGAUGCGCAAUCCAACAGCGGGAACUCUUCAGAAGCCAUGAAGACUGUCCUAGAGUCCCCAAGAGCCUACUCAUACAGCCUGGUAGACAUGCUCCAACUUCGAGACAAAUAUCUAAUUCAGGGUAUCAUCGAGGUUAUCAAAAAGCUUGUCAGGAGGCUGAGAGAGAACGGCAUGGUGUUGCCUCCAAAAACUCUCGCCUCUCUCAACAACAUGCUGAAAAAGAAGAAACUUGGCGACGGUAGACUCGAGUAUAGUCAGAAAACCAAUAUGACUGACGAGCAACGUAUUGAGUUGCUCAAAGCCCUUGGAGAAGAUGCUGAGAUCGAGGAACAAUUUAUCGGCACUCGGUCAGGAGAAAAGGAGUCAAGGGAGAAGGAGCGGGCCCUGAAACAGAGCAAGCUUGAUUUCUCCAAGGCAGGCUCGACAUCUGUGGGAUCAAUCAAGGAUCACGUCUCCGAGAUUACUCCCAACUUUGAGAAACACAAGUUUCUUGUGGAAAGUUUGAAGUCUAAGCAGCCGUCUUUGAAGCCGGAUCCUAAACCCAUGAUAAGCUCAGCUUCCAUCAAAGAGGCCCGGCUCAAAGAAAAGCAAGAGAAGGCGAAGAGAGACGCUGAGGCCAUUGCCAAAGCCAAAGCUUUACGAGCACCACCAAAAACUGUCGCCGGAGAGGGCUCUGGGUUGCAAGGCAUCGCAGGCGUUCGUGGAAAAGACCAUGCGCCAGUGGUCAAGGAUGAGAUCAUGGUUGGGUCUUCUUCAGAGGAUGAAGACGACUCGGACGAAGACGAGCUGCUCAAUCGAAAAGCGAAGGCUGGGCAGAAGACAGAUGCUGAGCGUCGCCGCCACUUGCUUCUGGCCGAGAAGCGCGGGCCGGUAAAGAAGACCAAACUUCAAAGAUCAGCUAAGGAUAUGCGGGCUCGGCUUAUCCCCCCCAUGGACGUUUUACACCAAGCCAUCCUAGAGUGGGAUAUAUUCCACGAGGGUAACGACCCCCCCAACGGAUUCAGCUGUGUGGAGGUCUCCAGCACCUACUUGAAUCCCACCAGCUACAAGCAGACGUUCUUCCCUCUCCUCAUCAACGAGGCUUGGCGCUCAUUUGUAACAGCAAAAGAUGAGGCAACGUCGAAGCCAUUUGGGAUCAAAGUUCUCAACCGCAUGACGGUUGAUAAGUUCAUGGAAGUUACAGCGUCUGUCCCCCUGCAAACAAGCAGAGACCGGGGACUGUCAGAGGGAGACAUACUCCUCAUAUCGAAAGGGGCGGAUCCAUUGAACCAGCCUAACGAACUUCACUGCCUUGCCCGGAUCUGGAGGACUAAUUACAAGAAGGACACAGUCGAAGUGAUUUACCGCCUCAGCGCAAGGGGAAGCGUAUUGUCGGUGCUGCUUCCUGGAUCAGAAUUCCAUGUCAUCAAGAUCACCAACAUGACAACCAUCGAACGGGAGUAUGCAGCAUUGGAGAGCUUGCAGUACUACGACCUCAUGGAUGAAGUCUUGAAGGCUGAGCCUUCUCCGAUGCUAAACUUCGGUGACGAGGCCGUGCAAGGGGUGAUGAAGAACUAUACUCUCAACCCUGGUCAGGCAAAGGCUAUCCUGAACGCCAAAGAAAACGAUGGAUUUACUUUGGUGCAAGGCCCACCUGGAACUGGCAAGACCAAGACGAUUGUCGCCAUGGUCGGAUGUCUCAUGACUGGAGUCAUCAAACCGCCCACUGCCGCUGUUGCCAUUACUCGACCUGGCGCUGCUCCCUCUAACGGCCAGGGUACCAUGAAGAAACUGCUUGUCUGUGCACCUAGCAACGCUGCUGUUGAUGAACUGGUAUUGCGGCUGAAGUCGGGCAUCAAGACGAUGAGCGGCGCAAGCCACCAGAUCAACGUGGUGCGACUGGGCCGCAGUGAAGCGAUUAACGCCGCCGUCAAAGACGUAACUCUUGACGAGCUAGUCAAGGCGAAGAUGGGCGAGACCUCGAACGUCAACAACGUCAGCGACCGCGAAAAACUGCACCAACAGGCUGGAGAACUCAAGAUCAAAUUGUCGGAGCUACAUCCUCGGCUCGAGGCGGCUCGGGCCAUCGAGGAUCGAGCACUGACCAACAAGUUGCAACGCGAACUAGACGAACUGAAGCGCCUACGAGCUCAUGUUGGAGGUCAGAUCGAGGCUGACAAGAGUAGCGGAAACACUGCUGCCAGAGAAAAUAAGAUCAAGCGGUUACAGGUGCAGCAAGAAAUUCUCGACCAAGCCCAUGUCUUGUGCGCAACACUGAGUGCAAGCGGCCACGAAAUGUUCAAGGACUUGAACGUCGAGUUUGAGACGGUCAUUAUCGACGAGGCUGCCCAGUGCGUGGAGUUGAGCGCGCUCAUCCCUCUGAAAUACGGUUGCUCAAAGUGUAUCCUUGUCGGAGAUCCAAAACAGCUCCCCCCUACAGUCCUUUCGCAAUCGGCUGCUAGGUACGGGUACGAUCAGAGUUUGUUCGUUCGGAUGCAGAUGAACCACAGCAAGGACGUGCAUCUUCUUGACCAGCAAUACCGAAUGCAUCCGGAGAUUAGUCGGUUCCCUAGUAAGGAAUUCUACGAAGGCUUGCUCCAGGAUGGCGCCGACAUGGCCAAGAUGCGUCUUCAGAAAUGGCAUCAGAGCGAACUUCUUGGGCCCUACCGGUUCUUUGACGUACGAGGCUCGCAGGAGCGCGGUCCUAGGAACCAGUCUCUGGUCAACGACGAGGAGCUCAGGGUCGCGAUGCAGCUUUACGAUCGUUUCCGUACAGACUAUAACGGUAUCGACCUAAAGGGCAAAAUUGGCAUCAUCACCCCAUACAAGGCUCAACUCUUUAGACUUCGACAACGGUUCACCGACAAAUAUGGCCAAGGCAUCACGGAGGAGAUCGAGUUCAACACCACCGAUGCGUUCCAAGGUCGCGAAUGCGAGAUCAUCAUUUUCUCUUGUGUUCGAGCCAGUCCGACGGGCGGUAUCGGUUUCAUGACCGACAUCCGGCGUAUGAAUGUCGGUCUAACCCGUGCGAAAUCGUCUCUGUGGAUUUUGGGCGACUCUCGGGCUCUAGUUCAAGGUGAAUAUUGGGCCAAGUUGAUCGAGGACGCCAAAAAGCGGGACCGUUACACAACCGGCAAUAUCAUGGCAAUGCUGAGCCGGCCCGGCAAAAGGCUGCCACCUUCUGCUCCGACGUCGUCUGCUCCAAGCGGCAACAGCUAUUCUCAGGCCCUGACACCAAGGCCUACUCGGCCUCGACAAGCCGUUGAUGUGGAUGUGGAAAUGCCGGAUGCAGAUUCAUUCCGCACAUCAUCGACGUAUCAGCCAUCGCCGACAGGGUACGGGCUUGCGCCAAGGCCACUAGCCCCACCUACAAUGCCGUACCGCGGACCCAGCAUUGGUGGUCUUAAUGAGAAGGGUGAGGUCGUUCCUGUUGCGCCACGCGGCGGGGGACUUCCGGUGAUUCAGACUACGGCCCCAGGUGCAGGCAAAAAGAGGCCGCUCGAGGACGGUGAUGAUAAAGAGCCAAACGCCAAAAAAGUAAGCCGGCACAACUAG